CAUAAAUGAAUUCUACAAAGUCUGAAAUACUUUUUGCAGGGUUUAAUUAAGAUUCAAGUAAAUGAAUUAAAAAAUUACUAAAGGUAUGUUUUGUGUUGGUACUGAUACUGGAUUUCGAGUUUGUAAUGCAAUGAAUUCGACUGAAAAAUUUUAAAGAGAUUUGAAAGGAGGUAUAGGUCAUGUAGAAAUGUUAUACAGAAGCAAUAUUUUAGCAUUAGUUGGAGGUGGUUUAUAACCGAAAUAUCCUGAUAAUAAAGUAAUUAUAUGGGAUGAUCGUAAAAUAAUGCAAUUUGUAUUUAGAUCUUGUAAAAUGUAUUGGGGAGAUGAGUUUUAGAACUAAGAUAAAAAAUGUUAAAUUAAAAAAUGAUAGAGUAGUUGUUGUUUUAGAGAAAAAGAUAUUUGUGUACAAUUUUACAGACUUGAAAUUACUUGAUUAAAUUGAAACAUGUCCAAAUCCAAGAGGUAUAUUGUUAAUAUGAGAAUAAGGAAUAUGUACAAUUAAUACAGAUGGGGAUCAUACAAUAUUAGCAACAUUAGAGAAAUCAGUUGGGAAGGUUUUUGUAAACAAUUAUGACUCUAAUAAAGCAUAUUGUAUAGAAGCACAUGUUUCUCCAAUCUCAUAUCUAUAAUUAAAUUCAAAUGGAACUAAAUUGGCUACUUCUAGUGAGAAAGGAACAGUAAUUCGUAUUUAUGAUACAAAUACUGGGUAAUUGAAUAUAAUAAAUAUAGAUAAAUUUCAUAAGAACUUAGAAGAGGAAAUGAUUAUGCAACAAUAACAAGUUUAGCAUUUGAUUUUAGAUCAUAAUGGUUAGGUUGUGCUUCUGAUUAAGGAACUAUACACAUAUUUGCAGUUAAUUAAGAAGGCUUAUAAUAAGAAUAAUUAAAUUAAAAUUAGGUUUCUCAUAAUCCAAAGAGUAAAUUUGAAUUUUUGAAAGGAAUAAUUCCAAUUUUAGGAUCAGAAUGGAGUUUUGCUUAAUUUAGAGUGCUUGAUACAAAAUGUAAAGUAUCAUUUGUGCCAGAUGAACAUUAAUUAAUAGUAAUUUCAUAUGAAGGGAAAUACUAUAAGGCAUAGUUUGAUCCUUAAAAAGGAGGAGAAUGUAUAAAAGUGGAAGAGAAAUACUUGAUUAGUGAUAAAAUUUGA